AUGCAACGUUCCUUGUCGAUGAACAUCCAAUCUAGGUUUAUCAGCCAUCAAAUGCAAACACAAAUGAAUCAAGUGGUGCCAAAACCUGUUGUUGUGGAUCCCUGUGACGUGUUCAUAAACCACAGAAGCUUGGAUACAAAAACAACUCUAGCUGCUCCUAUUUAUGAUCAUCUUCGCAGACUAGGGUUUCACCCAUUCUUGGACAACAAGACUAUGAAGGCAGGUGACAAACUGUUUGAUAAAAUAAAGAGUGCAAUCGUGGAGUGCAAGAUUGGGUUGGCUGUGAUAUCACCACGCUAUUGUGAGUCCUACUUUUGCCUUCACGAGUUGUCCCUUCUGAUGGAGUGCAGGAAGAAGGUGAUACCCAUCUUUGUGGACAUUAAGCCAUCUCAAUUACGUCUCAUCAACAAUACAAAAUGGACCCUCCACGACCAACGCCGUUUCAAAUUGGCUAUUGAGGAAGCAAAGUACACCGUUGGACUCACCUUCAAUUCUUCACAAGGGAACUUCUCGAGUAUUGUGACUAGUGCUUCUGAUAUCAUAAUCGAGAGCUUGAUAGAGCUUGAGGAUGAAGAGGUGCAGAUGCAGCAUUCAUAUUUGCCAAUUAGCUAA